AUGGCCGUAGACCAUCCUCGUCAGCGGCCGGCAGCUCUGCAAUCCCCUGCACUAUCUGGAGAGACUCAACGAGACGAUGAUAUUCCAGAGCAGACUGGGAAACCUCUGCAUGAAGAGUCGCCCUUGAUAUCCCCAUCCGGAGACGAUUCGAGCGAGGACGGACUGGUCGACGGAUCCGUUCUCCACGAUGACCCCAUCGAUAACUACCAAGAAUCCAAGAGUCUAUGGUACAUGAUUCUCUUAACAAUCAGUAUCGGAGGACUACAACUGGCAUGGGCAGUGGAACUGUCAAAUGGAACUCCAUAUUUGCUUUCGCUGGGGUUGAGCAAGUCUCUCAUGGCUUUGGUAUGGAUAGCAGGACCUCUGUCAGGAGCGCUCGUACAACCAUAUGUGGGAAUUCUCAGCGAUAACUGUAGAUCGUCAUGGGGAAAGCGGACUCCAUUCAUGGUAUUUGGGGGGUUGGCAACUAUCCUCUCACUGCUGUGUCUUGCCUGGGUAAGAGAGAUAGUCGGUGGGUUUCUGGGCAUCUUCGGCGCAAGCGAAGAGUCGGAGGGCGUAAAGAUUACAACGAUCGUGAUCGCGGUCGGCUUCGUGUACAUUCUAGACUUCUCCAUAAACACAGUGCAAGCAGGAAUUAGAGCCUUCAUCUUGGACUGCUGCCCGAGUCAUCAGCAAGAAUCUGCAAACUCCAUGGCAAGUCGAGUCGUGGGUGUUGGAAACAUCAUCGGCUACGUGGCUGGUUAUGUUGACCUUCCCAAGUACAUGUGGUUCUUUGGAAACACACAGUUCCAGAUUCUAUGCGUGAUUGCAUCGAUAUCGCUUUUCAGUACAGUAGCUAUCAGUAUCCUCACCAUCAAAGAGCGAGAUCCUCGACUGGAAGUUGCCAAGCCGAAAGGAAAAGGAGGUCUGGUCGCAUUCUUCAAAACAAUUUUCAAGUCCAUUCGAAGACUCCCACCUCUUACCCGGCAAGUUUGCGAGGUCCAGUUUUUCGCCUGGAUCGGAUUCUUCCCCCAGCUCUUCUACUCUUCCUCCUACGUAGGAGACAUCUACGUGCAACCCUACCUUCUUGAGAAUCCCAACAUGACCCCGAAUGAAAUCGACAAGCUCUACGAAACAGCCACCCGCAUGGGUACUCGCGCCCUUCUCGUCUACGCCGUCACUUCUCUCACCACCAAUGUCCUGCUCCCCUUCUUCAUCGCCCCCACAUACGACGCCUCAACAUCCGACUCCUCUGACUCCCAAAAAUCCUACUCAACCCGCGUCUCCCGCUUCCUGGACGCCCUCGUAAUCCCCUGGCUAACCCUCCGCCGCGCCUGGCUCAUCUCCCAUCUCAUCUUCACAUGCUGCAUGUUUAGCGCGCUCAUCGUCCGUAGCAUCGCCGCCGCCACAGCUCUCAUCGGUAUCGUCGGCAUCUCCUGGGCUCUGACCCUCUGGGCACCCUUUGCCCUCAUCUCGGCCGAAAUCAGCAAACGUGAUGCCCUGCGCCGUGCUCGCUCCGCCGCCCGCCGCCACUCCGACCCUGACACAGACGUCGAGGGGCAUCCCGGGCAGCAUCACGAAGAAGAAGAUCAGGCUGGAGUUAUCCUCGGCAUCCACAACAUGGCCAUCGCCGCGCCACAGAUCCUGGCGACGCUCGGCUCGUCCAUCAUGUUUCGCUUCCUGCAGAAGCCCCGCGGGACACCCGGAGAUCGCAGCUAUGCGGCCGUGCUAGCGGCAGGGGGCCUGUUUACGCUGGUCGCAGCGUGGCUGAUAAGCAGAAUCAAGGAUGAAGUUGAGCUGCCGGAGGAGAUUGCCGGGACGACGCGGAGUGCUUUGAGAAGAAGCAUGAGCCAGGAAAGGGGGCUUAUCCGGAAUCGGAGCUUCUCGGGGUUGAAUUAUUAG